AUGGGUGCCAAUAAUGUCAAACGUUUAUAUUCGGAAAAAAAUUCUAAUAAUGGCAAUAGUCUCGUUGUACAAACACCACCGAAACAAGCUAAACGUCUUGUUCAAUUACAAACAGAUCCACGUUCACCAACUGAUGGUAUAUCACGUACACCAAUUCAAAUCACUAUUAAUGAGCAAAUAACAAAACUUGCGAAUUCUAUUCAUCGUGUUGAAGGUUCAGCUAUAAUGACUAACGAAAAUUUAUCUCCAAUUCGUUCACAACCGUAUCAAGAAAAAAAGUAUAAUAAUGGUGUACGUUAUCGUAAAGAUGAUGGGGAAACCAAUUUGUUACAUCCACAACUUUUGACAAAUCAGAUGCAUACAAAUAAUGUUACGUCUGUACUUGAUUCAGAAAACGUAUUAUUAUCCAUUGAAAAUAAUAAUUUACCGCUAUAUCGAUUGUAA